AAAAAAACAAACAAAAAACAGAGACUCCAGCGUUUGUGAAAAAAGAGAGUUUGCAUCAGAGAACAUUCUUUGACAGGAAUGCUCCAUGUAAUGGCCAAUAGUACUAGCAGAAUGGCAGAAGUUACCUCUGUACAUUCACCAGGAUCUUCGAGUCAUUCAUCCAUAUUAAGUCCAUUUUCAAAGAGUUUAAAAUCAAUCAGCCAGCAACUCACAUCUGAUGAUUUCUCAACUCUGAAGCUUAUCUUGCAGUCAGAGAACCUGCUGAAAAAACAGACCCUUGACAAUCUGAAAAAUCCUCAGGAAUUAUUACGAGUUCUGCUCGGGAGACAUUUAGUGUCUCAAGAAAACACAAGUCUACUCGAGUCCCAUUUGAAAGAAAUAGGUCGCAGUGACCUAGCUAAAUUGCUGCCUAGUGCUGAAUUGUGUCAAGAUGGCAAUGAAUGUCUACAAGAUGGAUAUUCAAAUUCACAAAACUCACAAAUGAGCAUAGAUGAUGAGGAGGAAGAUGAUGAUGAAAUAAUGUUAUCUCAAAACAGUUUGUCAGACGAGGAGAAACUGCUCCUCAAAAAAGUAGCAGAGUGAACAAGUCAAGUCAUCAUCAUGUACUCCUGUAAUGGCCAACAAGCCUCAAAACCUGAAAGACAUUUUGUUUUCUUUAUCAUUUUUGGUGUAAUUUGCAGAGUGAAUAAAGUUCAAGAAUGUGAGGAAUAUUUUUUUAGUGUAAGUGUGUCAUUUGAUCAAAUACUCAAAAGCUCAUUUUUGAUGCAACUUUUCAUUUCAGUUUUGUCAUUAUAAAUACAAAACUGUGUUAUAAACAAAUUAGUCACUAAGUAGACCUAAGAGAUGUUAUUGUUUGAAAGGUUAUAUAGCCUGGCAAAGGAAGGUUGAUCCAUGAAAUGGGUUGUGAAUUUAAUUAAUGAAUCUAUAAAAAAAAAAAGAUAGGCACUUUGAAAUUUUUUUCUAUAUAUAUAUGUAACCGAGCAGCAAGGUUUAAAGUUUAAGUUUGCUCAUGGUCAGACAAUUUGAGCUGCAAAAUAGUUCCAUUAUAGCUUAAAACAAAAGAUAGGAAGAUUAGUUAGUUUAAGAUAUUUUUCCUCCCAAAUUGCAGUGAGACAUGAGCAUUUAGUCCCUGUGACAUUUUUAUAUUAACAUUGAAAAUUUGAAACAAACAUUUUCAUUUUUCUUUCAGUGUUUUCAUGAAAUUCUGAACAAACAUCAAAACAAGAGAUAUUUUGUAUAUAUUUUUAUCGCUUUUCAUUAUUCAUUCAUCAUUGUCUUACUCACUAAAAAAAUACAGGGUUUUCAUUUAAUCCAGUGCAUAUUUUGUUUUGGUCAGCAUUUGUAAAUGCAUGAACAAUCUUUUUGAUAUCUAUGUUUAAUUUUAUAGCAAUAUACAUGAUAUUUUGUCCUACAGUAUUACCAUAAUAAUGACAUAAUUACAAGUACUCAAUGAAGUGUUCAAAAUUAUUUUUUUUAAGUUCUCUGUUGUUAGUUAUAUCCAUUUAAUAGAAUCAUGCAGAUAAAACAUAGCAAUCAGAAAUCAUAAAUAAAUUAUUUUGUUUUCAUAGUAUUUUCAGUUUUCUUACAAUUUUCUUAUAUGGCAUGUUUUAAUGCUGCAUGUACAUUCACUGCCAAUGUUUUGUGUUCAAAAAAUUAUAAGCUCAAGUACACUCAUAAUAUAAUCAGUUCACUUGGUGCAUUUUUGUUCAUAGUUUCCAUAGUUUCAAGCCUUGCUUGUAAAUCUUUGUUUUCAAUGUAGCCUAGACAAAGUUUACGGAUGUUGAAAAAGAAUAUCAAAGAUUUAUUUAAAUGUGAUAUUGACAGCCAAAAUGGCCAAUAACUUGUUUGUACACAUAUACAGGAUCAAAUUCUAUCAAAUAUCUGUUUCUCAGAUGCAGUUUGAUCUAUACUUUAGUUUAGUUAGCAAUUUAAGGACUGAAAGGCCUGAUAUUAAUGACAUAAAGUUAGAAUUUUGAUACAGCGGGUGAACAGUUUGUAAAUAUAUUACAGUGUUUACAUAAUUUUGUUGCUUUAUUUUUCUGUUGCGUGUAAAUAGCAUUUUUUGAGUUUUAUUGCAAUUUCGUUGCUUUAUUUUUCUGUUGGUAUCGAAUUGCUAUUUCAAGUUUAAAAUCAAACACAAUUCAAAAUUUGGUUUGAUGUAAAGUAAAUUGAUAUUCUUUUUCUUGUAUGCCAAAGUUUAAGUUUUGAGAUUAUCACCUUUUUUGAAUUUUUUUUUGCAAAUAAAGUGCCUAAUUGAG